UCCCACUUUAACUUCGGGAAUUUCCGGAUUUAUUCGUCAGCGAUUUCCAUAUCCCAGGAUUCAUGGGUAAUCUUUAAAAAGAGGCGCGUCAAGAUGGCGGAUGCUGCUGCCUUGGAAAACUCCUCUGUGGAGGCUCUGAUGAGCCUCCGUAGCGCUGGUAGGAACCGGCCGUCACCUGUCAAAGAAAAUGUACCCACACCUCCAAGAAGGGGCAACCCCCCGAGAAUUCGAAAGAGAAAUCGCCUCAUCUUCAACGACGAUGAGGACACAUCAAUGUCCCCCAUCAGGUCAUCCCCAAAGAGGACUAAAUCCACCCCAACAAACUCUCCUGUCAAGGCGGUACAGCCCCAUGCAAGGAGCCACUCUAUUCCAUCCACACCACAGAAGACUUCUUCGGCAACCUCCUCAGCGAUUCAGAACAUCAUCCUCAGCACGCCGGCCAAGAAGGCAGCACAGAAGAUCGGCGUCCGUCUUAAGAAUCUCCUCAAACUUCCCAAGGCUUACAAGUGGUGUAUCUACGAGUGGUUUUACUCAAAUAUUGACAAAGCACUCUUCAGCGGAGAGAACGACUUUCUCAUCUGUUUGCGAGAAUCUUUUCCUCAGUUAAAAUGUCGGAAACUGACGAGAGUAGAGUGGUGUAUCAUUCGAAGACUUAUGGGUAAACCACGGAGAUGUUCCCCGGCGUUCUUCGCUGAGGAGAGAGCGGCGUUGGAAGCCAAGAGAAGGAGACUGAGAUUGCUCCAACAGCGGAAAUCCAGCGAGCUCGACGAGACAGAAUUGAAAGAUCUUCCAAAAGAAAUACCUCUACCACUGGUCAUCGGAACCAAAGUCACAGCACGAUUACGGCGACCCCAUGAUGGGCUCUUCACCGGUCAGAUUGAUGCUAUUGAUACCCAGAAUGCUACGUACAGAGUGACCUUUGACCGGCAUAACAUUGGCACACAUACGAUCCUGGACACAGAGGUUUUAGGCCAAGAGCCUCAGGACACAAUGCCUUUAUCCACCUUCCUACAGAAACAACGGCCGAGACCGACUAUGUUCUCACCACCAAGGAUAACAAUGGAAGGGUUACACUCGCCUAGUCUUGGGAACGAUCCCAUGUUGGGAAUGUCGCCCCUUAGGGGGAAGCUUCAAGGAGAUGAGAAGACGCUCGGUGGAUUCCCUGUCAAAUUCCUGGUUCUUGUGACCAAAGUAUCCAAGAUACUAAGUUUCAAGAAGGAACUUUUACAAGAGCUGAAAGACAAGAAUACAGAGGCUGAGAGGAUGCAAUCUAUGAACCAAUUAUCAGCAUUGAAUUUCAAAGAGAAAUAUGCAAAGUGUGUGCUGCAAUUGGAGCAUCUUAACGAAGAUCUCAACGGGUAUUUGAACGAUGUCCAGAAAUAUUGUCAAGAGAUUGCUCCCGAGCAGGGAUUACCGCCCUUGUCCGAACCCACGGCAGAUCGGUUACAAUGUGACCAAGAAGCAAGCCAGAUGGUACACGAUGCUAACCUAGCACUGGGAGACCAAGCCGUCAAGAACCCUAAGCUGAAUGACCUGGUAGCAAGUCUAACGUCGUUGAUGCUGCAAAUAAAGUCGUUAGCCAAGAAUGAUAUGAAUUCGUAUGGUUUCAAAUCGCUGAACGAAUCUUUAGAUGAAAUUAAGAAGAAAAUUGAUCCCUCAAACCUCAGAUGUUUUCAAGACAACGUAGAAAUCCACAUUGCACACAUCCAGAGUGGUAUGAGCCAGAUGGGGAACCUUCAUGCCUUUGCAGAGAAGAACACCGACUACUGAAGAAUCAUACCCGGAAUCCCCUGCGCUACUUGACCGGAUCAGGUGACCUUUGACCUUCAAGUUAACCCCAAACCCACACUAGAUCAAUUGAUACAGAAACGAAGAGCGACUAGUGUUCGUUUGUUUGUUUGUUUGUUUGGUUUGUGAUGGCAGGAAAUUUGCAUAACUUCACACCAAGUUCACAAGGUUCAGUAUGCAAUUUGUUGUCACCUUUGACCUCGCCGUAACUCCUGACCUGAACACAACCAGGGCCCAGUUUCAUCAAGCCUGUUAGCAUAAAAAGAAAAUUGCUUAGCACAGAAAAAUCUUGCUUAACAG